GCGGUGUGCUUGAGGAAAUGUUUCGGAAGUGUAAACGCUAAGGUAGGAGGAAUCGAAGGAAAGGAGAGCAAAGGGAUGGAGAAAUUAUCCCUUUUUGACAGCCUAUUGGUGAAUACACAGUUCCACACAAAAUACCAAGCACACCCUGACUGGUGCAUUGUCGUCGUUUGACAUCCAGUAACGUUAGCGGUAAUCGUGAAAGGUCCACUAGGCUUAUGCUCUACCGUGACCUGGUGCACACCAGAGAGAGGGAGGGUGGUGCUCUCUUCAGGCCUCUCCGUGGGGUAGAGGGUGGUUGCUGAUAAAUUAGGGACCAGGGCUAGCUGUGGGUCUGGUGGUGAGACAGUGAGCCAUACCUCCUGCCCCGCUGAAAUAGUGUGUGUGAGAGAGAGGCGACUGGAGGGGGAGGCAGGUGCCAUGCUCCAGGGGUGAGGCGGGGGAGAGAGACACACACACAGGGCUCAGGGCUGGUGGGUGAGGUUGCCAAGGAGAUGAAGUUGAAACAGCGCGUGGUGUUGCUGGUUGCCGUGCUACUCCUGUUGGGGCUGGCCAAACUCUUUCUGCUGGAUGGAGGAGAGGGGUCCGCAGCCAGUCGACGAGACCUCCGGGCCUUCCGCAAGAUGGAGGCAGGCCUGUCUCUCUCACGCGGUGACCGGCUAACACACACCCUCCAGUCUCCAUGGGAGGUGGCAAACCAAUGGGUGGGCCCUAGGGAGGUGUACCCUGAGGAGACCCCCGAGCUGGCAGCCGUCCUCUCCGCGCUGGGCACUGCCCGAGUGGAGCGGGCAGAUGUGGGCUACAAGGGCACCCAGCUCAAAGCUCUACUAGUACUGGACGGGGGGCAGAAGGUGGUCUUCAAACCCAAGAGGUAUAGUAGAGGCUAUGUGGUAGAAGGAGAGCCUUAUGCAGGUUAUGACAGACACAACGCAGAGGUGGCAGCUUUUCACCUGGACAGGAUCCUGGGUUUCAGAAGAGCACCCCUAGUGGUCGGGAGGUUUGUCAACCUGAGGACUGAGAUCAAACCUGUCGCUACGGACCAGCUACUCAGUACCUUUCUAAUGCAGGGUAAUAAUAGUUGUUUCUAUGGGAAGUGUUACUACUGUAGAGAGAGUGAGCCGGCGUGUGCGGAAGGAGAGAUGAUGGAGGGAUCAGUAACUCUCUGGCUGCCAGAUGUCUGGCCGCUCCAGAAACACAGACACCCUUGGGGACGCACCUACAGGGAGGGCAAACUGGCCAGGUGGGAGUAUGAUGAGAGCUACUGUGAUGCGGUGAAGAAGAUGCCUCCGUACGACGCCGGUCCCAGACUGCUGGACGUCAUAGACACAGCCAUCUUUGAUUACCUCAUCGGCAACGCAGACCGACAUCACUACGAGAGUUUCCAAGACGACGGAGGAGCCAGCAUGCUCAUCCUGCUGGAUAACGCAAAGAGUUUUGGGAAUGCAGCUCUGGAUGAAAGAAGCAUUCUGGCCCCUCUAUAUCAGUGUUGCAUGGUGCGUGUGUCUACGUGGAACAGGUUGAACCUGCUGAGAGCUGGGGCUCUGAGUUCAGCCCUAAGACAGGCCCUGACCUUUGACCCCAUUAACCCUGUCCUGGCCGAGCCCCACCUGGCUGCCCUGGACAGACGGCUGUCUGGUGUCAUAGCAACCAUCCAGCAGUGUGUGGAGUCGCUGGGCCCCGACAACACACUGAUAGAGGACCGCAUGAUCUUGCCACACCCUUAGAAAAGGUCAGGAGGGAGGGAGGAAGGAGAGAAAGGAUAACCUGUCUCGCCUCGGGGGAGAGAGGGUUGAGCCAUGGGAGGAGGAGCUGGAUGAUAAACCCCUCCUCCUCUCAUGGCCCCCCAGAAAGGAACAGGAAAUGACCCCAGCAGCAGGAAGUGACUUGAUAAAGGACUGGGUGUUGAGUCCUCUAUAAACUGUUCCCCUCCACACUAGAACCUACUGGAUACCUAACUUUUCUCCUGACAUCUCCUCUCCUCUCCCACACACACACACACACCUUCUGCCAAAACCUCUCUCUCCAUCCAGUGUAAAGGAGGGAACCAAGGCCAAAGGACUCAACCCAAAGACUCAGGA